AUACCACAGGCUCUGCCAGGAGAAAGGAGCAUUCCGAGGAGAGUCUACACACUGUGAAGCUCAAGAUGGUCCUGAGUGGGGCACUGUGCUUCCGAAUGAAGGAUGCGGCCUUGAAGGUGCUUUAUCUGCAUGAUAACCAGCUUCUAGCUGGAGGGCUGCAUGCAGGGAAGGUCAUCAAAGGCGAGGAGAUCAGUGUUGUCCCCAACCGGUCUCUGGAUGCCAAGCUGUCUCCAGUCAUCCUGGGCGUCCAGGGAGGGAGCCAGUGCCUGUCGUGUGGGACAGGGCAGGAACCGACUCUGAAACUAGAGCCAGUAAACAUCAUGGAACUCUACCUCGGUGCCAACGAAUCUAAGAGCUUCACUUUCUACCGGCGGGACACGGGGCUCACCUCCAGCUUCGAGUCAGCUGCCUACCCAGGCUGGUUCCUCUGCACCGUGCCCGAAGCAGACCAGCCUCUCAGACUUACCCAACUCUCAGAGGAUGCCAGCUGGGGCAACCCCAUCACAGACUUCUACUUCCAGCAGUGUGACUAGGGCAAUGCACCCCCCAGAACCUACUUGGGCAGAGCCGGCUCAGGCAGGGGCGGACGUAGAGGAGGACACUGAUGGCAACCUCCCCCCAUCUGUUCUCAGGGCCCCACCUCUGGCUGGGCACUUGGCCACUCUCCCUUUUGAUUCCCAGUUUGGGUAAAUCCUUCUGAGAUUUGGGGCUUAGUCCAUAAGUUUCUUUCCCUAUUGAGUGGUGCUACUGGUGUAGAACCUUGCGAAAACCACUCAAGAUAAACUGGAAGUCACAUGAAAAGUUUCCCAGGGGUCAGGGUGGGGGGAGUGUUGGAAGCUGUUCAUGCUUCAUGGUAACUUACCCAGUACCCCUGAGCCCCACAAGCCAGCCAAUCCCAAGUUGAGCCUAUUAGGGCCACCAGCUGCCCACAUGAGGUCCUGUCAUCUAUCACUAUGCAGGAGAGGGAGGUCAUAGAGUUAGGGACCCAAAACCCAGCCCGCUCCCUCUUUCCUGUAACUCAGCUGCCAUCAUAUUCUGCAUUUCCAUCUCAACCCUCAUGCGCUAGCCAUGGCAGGAGAGGGUGGUGGUGUCCAAGGAAUUGACUCCAGCUCAGAAGGCUGAAGAAUGGCCAGGCAUGUCAUAUGUUUUGAAACCUGAGGUGCCAUUAAAAUCCAAGAUACUGGUACC